GUUGUAUUAUCGCUGUAUAAAGAGUGAUGGCAAGAAGUUCUGCGGCAGUGUCCCCUGGAAGGAGGAAUCUAAGUGUAAAGUGAUGCCAAGAUGUGACCUUCCCGUAGAGAAGAUGGAGAAACCUCAGAGAAAUCCCUUCAAAGUGAUCGAGGGUCCCAGACCGGCCGCCUGGAGACAGGCCAUGGAGGAACGGAAGCGGAGCUCUGAAGAGAGCGGUGAGGAAAAAACUGAUGGGAUCCAGAAGAGCAGUGAGGAGAAAACCGAUGGGAUCCAGAGGAAUAGCGGUGAGGAGGAAACCAAUGGGAUCCAGAGGAAUAGUGGUGAGAAGAAAACCGAUGGGAUCCAGAAGAAGAGCGGUGAGGAGAAAACCGAUGGGAUCCAGAAGAAGAGCGGUGAGGAGAAAACCGAUGGGAUCCAGAGGAAGAGCGGUGAGGAGAAAUCUAAUGGGAACCAGAAGAGCAGUGAGGAGAAAAACGAUGGGAUGCAGAGGAAGAGUAAUGAGAAGACUGAUUGUAUCCAAAAGAAGAUGAUUGAGGAGAAAACUGGGAACCAGAGGAAGAGCGGUGAGGAGAAAACUGAUGGGGUCCAGAAGAAGAGGAUUGAGGAGGCACUGAAUCAAGACAGAGGGAAGAACCGCAGUGAUGACAGAACAAGAGGUGUGGAGGACAAGUCUUCCAAUCAGGAGCUGAAGAGCAGCAAGGAGGUGAGGCCCCAGAACAAGCUGAUCAUUGAGGCUGAUAACCGUGAGAAGACCGGGAGGACGUCUGAGGGCAGAGCGGCCAUUGUGGAGAAUACGGGGAGGACAUCUGAGGGCAGAGCGGCCAUUGUGGAGAAUACGGGGAGGACAUCUGAGGGCAGAGCGGCCAUUGUGGAGAAUACGGGGAGGACAUCUGAGGGCAGAGCGGCCAUUGUGGAGAAGACAGGGAGGACGUCUGAGGGCAGAGUGGCUAUUGUGGAGAAGACAUUUGGAGGACAGAUUGCAGUCAGGGACUGUGAGGAACCAGCUUCAUUCUCUGGGUGGAGGGACAAGGAGCUUCCGGCUGGGCUUAAGAUCAAGAAGAAGCUUCCAGAAGAGAUGGUUCAGAAGGCCAGAGAGGCCUCCCCAGCAGUCCCUGAAUCCUCAGUGGCCCCCAGCAUCAAACGUUCAGGGCCCGAUCAGAAACCAGUGGAGGACAAUGACGACGUUGUGUUUGUGAGCUCUCAGCCUGGAAAGGAUAAAGUGUCAGCGCUGAGGACAUCGGGAGGAGGUAAACAGAGAACAAUCACCUCCUUCCCAGGAUUCACCCCACCUGCAGAGGCUCAGGGUUCAGUCGCGCUGCACGCCUCUCUCUCAGCACAGCUACAACAGAAGAAGGCCACUCUAGCGUCUGUGAACCUGAAGGUGCUGCCUGAUGGAGGAGAACGGCUCCGGAAACAAGUACAGGACCUGGAAGAUGCUCUCGGGUGUCUGUCUCUUUCUACUGAGGCCGUGACCCAAAGUGUUAAGGAUCAAGACCCUGGAGGAAAGGUCCAGCCUGAACCAAGAAACCCUUCCAGCAGAACCGGCCCACCAGAGGGAAGAGGGGGGGUGAAGCCUUUGUCUUUUCAUGAGCUUCCUCCACAAAGCAGCCUGGGCCUUCAAGGAUCAACCCCGAGCCUCAGCCAGAACUACAGCAGCCUGUACUCCGUGACCCCUCAGUGGCAGAGUCUCUAUGGCGGGCGGAUGACCGAAGAAAGACUCUUUGCUGUCAGAAAUGCCACCAGCGAUGCCAUCGAUCACCUGCACAAGAGCCUGGACUCCUGCCCGGGCCCCGAGAGCACAGCGGACGACCCCCGAGGACUGAAGGUCCCGCUGCUGCUGCACCAGAAACAAGCUCUUGCCUGGCUUCAGUGGAGGGAGGCUCAGCUGCCGCAGGGAGGCAUUCUAGCGGAUGACAUGGGGCUGGGGAAGACUCUUACCAUGAUCGCCCUCAUACUGGCCCAGAAGCAGCGGCAGAAGUCAGAGAAGGAGGAAGAGAAGAAGCUGGAGUCUUGGAUCUCUAAGACUGACUCCACCCUGAUGGUCUCUCGUGGGACCCUCAUAAUCUGUCCGGCCUCGCUCAUUCAUCAUUGGAAAAAGGAAGUGGAGAGGAGAGUCUGUGAUGGGCGAUUGCGGGUUUAUCUGUAUCAUGGCGCCAACAGGGAGAAGGACUGUAAGAUGCUGGCGCAAUACGACAUUGUGGUCACCACCUACAGCCUGGUGUCCAAGGAGAUUCCUGCCAAGAAGGAGGAAGGGGAUGCACCGGCCCAAGACCAAGACCUGGAGGAGCGGGCAGCCUCUUCUCCUUUGCUGCGCCUGGCCUGGGCCCGCAUUAUUCUUGAUGAGGCUCACAACAUCAAGAACCCCAAGGUGCAGACGUCCAUUGCUGUGUGUAAGCUGAGAGCCGGGGCCCGCUGGGCAGUGACCGGGACCCCCAUCCAAAACAACCUGCUGGAUCUAUACUCCCUGCUGCGGUUUCUCCGCUGUUCCCCAUUUGAUGAGUAUAAGCUGUGGAAGAGUCAGGUGGACAAUGGCAGCAGGAAAGGGGGAGAGCGUCUGACCAUCCUGACCAAGAGCCUUCUGCUGCGGAGGACCAAGGAUCAGAUGGACCACACUGGGCGACCCCUGGUCGAGCUUCCUCAGAGGCGGAGUGAACUCCAUCAGCUGACUCUCUCCGCUCAGGAGCAGGCCGUGUAUGACGUGAUAUUCGCCCGCUCCAGGUCUACGCUGCAGAAUUACCUGAAGAGACACGAGGGGGGAUUGGCGGGAUCACACGCGGCCUCCGGAGGGGCAGAUAAUCCCUUUGACAGAGUUGCGCGGGAAUUUGGCCCUAGUCAGGGUGACAUUUCGGCCCCUCCAGCCUCUCAUGGAUCCAGUACCGUCCACAUCUUGUCACUUUUGCUCCGCCUGCGCCAGUGCUGCGGCCAUUUAUCCCUACUGAAGACGACUCUGGACCAGCUUGAACUGAAGAAUGAGGGGCUGAGCCUGACCCUGGAGGAGCAACUCAACGCCCUGACCCUGUGUGACCUGCAGAGCCCGGACCCCAAAUCCACAGUCUCCCUGAACGGAACCAAUUUCCAAGCUGAACUCUUCCAGAGUGAGAACGGGAGCACCAAGAUUGACGCUCUCAUGUCCCAGCUGAGAACCAUAAGCUUCGGCGCUCUCCCCCAGAAGAGGUUCGUCUGUCAGGGGACGGUGGAGGAGAAGAUCACUCAGCUUCAGGAGAAGAAGAAGGAUUUGGCCAAGAAAGUUCUGACUGGAAACAGCAGCACGGUCACCAAGCUCACGCUGUCUGACCUGCGCCUGCUGUUUGGGGUGUAGUCAACGACCAAAUCUAGUCCACAGUGAGAGUGUGCUCUGUAUAUAUUAUAUGCCCAGUGAGGGCGCGCUCUCUCUAUAUUUAUAUGUACAGCUUCCUCCACAUUACUGAUGGGUCAUACAUCGAGGACAUGCUCUCUAUAGGUUUAUCGGUUAACCACACGAGCCAUAACCAUGAAAUCAGAAAUACCUUUAUAUCUCCACACUAAAAUACUGGUGUAACCAAAAAUUAAAAACUAUGUAAUAUUGGCCGUGACAUCUGAUGAAGCUCUGAGGAGUGAAACAUGUCGGGGGUGGGGGGGCUAUGCAUCAUCACUGUAUUAGCAAUCGCGCUCACAGUCCAUAGACAUAGAAACUGUGCUUUUACAUCAUAAAUCACCGUUUUUGGCUGCAGUCCAAACAUGUGAUAAAAAUGGGCCUGAGACAUGGGUUUUUUAAACUCUCACACAGCCCAGACCUCUGAAGCUCUGAGGAGGGAAACAUGUCAGGGGCUCUAAUGGCCAUUAGCCCAGUGAUGCUAUAUAGCUAUUAGUGACUGGUGACGCUGGAUUUUUUAUUUUUGGUUAUACCGAUACUGAUUCUAAAAGACAAAGUUUUAGUGUGGGAAUAUAAAGAAAGGCAUUAAUGGUCUCUGGUUAGGGAUCCUCUUUGGUUUACAGUUGGAACAUUAUCUGUUUUUCCACUGAGGUGUUUUUUUUUUUUUUUUUUUAUUAUAAU